AAACACACUCACAGAGGUUUAGCUAUCACUCAGAAGUUCAGAACUUACAGAUCCAUCACUCGGAAGCAAACAAUGGCAUCCCACAAACAGAGCUACAGAGCUGGUGAAACCAAGGGCCAGACUGAGGAAAAGGCGAACCAGAUGAUGGAGUCACUAGGGGAGAAGGCUCAAGCAGCAAAGGACAAGACCUACCAGGCAGCUCAAACAGCCAAAGAGAAAACAAGAGGUGCAACCCAAGCAACUACCCACAAGGCCGGAGAGAAGGCAGGAGUUACAAAAGACAAGGCAUGGGAGAGCAAGGAGACAACUAAGGAUAGGGCCUCCGAGGCGGCGCAAAGAGCCGGAGAGAAGGCAGGAGUUGCAAAAGACAAGGCAUGGGAGAGCAACGAGACAACAAAGGAUAGGGCCUCCGAGGCGGCGCAAAGAGCCGGAGAGAAGGCAGGAGUUGCAAAAGGCAAGGCAUGGGAGAGCAAGGAGACAACUAAGGAUAGAGCGUCGGAGGCUGCCCAGAGAGCCGGAGAUUCGGCCGAGUCUGGCAAGGAGAGAAGUGAGGGGUUCCUCCAACAGACUGGAGAACAGACGAAGAACAUGGCCCAAGGUGCUGUUGAUACUGUGAAAGGCACCCUCGGCCUGGCCAAGGAUGAUGAGGAAGAUGAACCUGUUUAUCAUAAGAGGGACAGGAACUAGUUUGAAGUACUUGUAAUGGUCUUUGUUGUUUGUGUUUGCUUUUCAGCUGUUGUCUUUUGUUGUUGUUAUUGCCGGGCAUGUUUUACAAGCCCUGUGCUUCCAUCUCUAUGAAGAUGGAGUGUUGCGUUUGGUUUCUUAGAGGUGGAUUAAUUGUAAUUGUCAGUCAUGUAUGAAAUGCAAUCCACCCUUUUGUUUUAUGUUUGAAGAAGCAAGUAUCCAAAAUUUCAUUCAUGUGGUAGUUUGUCGAUACAACCAGC